GCCUGCCUAAAAACGAGUCUAUCGGAUUUGCCCGAAUCCACCUGUUACGUUGAAUGGCCGCGUUCCUAUACACUGUUCCGAACGCUUUCUCAACUACCACCACCACUAUUAUCAGCGUUUGACGACUCUUCUUUCUUUUACUCAACGUCGUCUCUGUUUACAGCGCUUCUUCUCUUCUAUCUUGAUGUUUGAAGACGAAGCACAGCGUCAGCUCGAGGCAUCGACAACGAUUAUGCCCAUAGAUAAAGCGGAUAGUAACGGUACCAAUCAUGCUGGUGCAAAAACUGAGAGUAAUCUACGCGACAAUGCUGGAAGAGGCUCUCCGGUAACUCCUCCGUCGCCCAACUUCGAUGAUUCUGGUCAGUUUUGUAUUGUUCUUGUCCAUGUUCGACAGGCUGAAUGUCCUGGCUUUCAAUCGCCUUAGAAACUAAACUAUCUAGAAAGAGAGAACGUGAGGUCUCCUUAGAACCUGUAACUGGUUCUAGUGCGAAGUCAAAUACAGUCUCGGACUCCAUGCUGCAUAAUUCCAAGGAGGAAAAAGACUACACUCGCACUCCAGCGAAAAAGAACCGCAUUCAUCGCUCUGUUGAACUGGAUGCAACCGCCGAAGAAGAAGACAGUCAGGCUUCCGGCCAUCAUCGAUCCCGGUCCAAUAGUUCGGACGACUCCAACACUAAUUCGCCACCGUUGACCCAAGCAGAUCUCGGAAUUGCUGCGUCCCCUCCUCAAGAAAUGAAGAUUAAAGUUCGGCAGAUCAGCCAGGGCGUGGAGGAUCUUACCUGGAGGAAUAUGAAGAAGCAGCAGAAAGGGUCGGAUGCAGACGAAAGCGACGCGCAAAGUCAGAAGAUUCCAAAACUCCCUAUGACUAGUGUUGAAGAGGACAAAAACAUGGAAGAAGAGGCACUCCCGUCUACAUCUUCAUCCGCUUCGGCGUCUCGAAGGGACUCAGAUGCAAAUCCUACGGUAGAGGCAGCGCUUCACUUGAAAAGAAAGUACCCUGAGCGAGGUCCAAGUGCUGGACCUCCCAUUGGACUGGAAUCAAAUACUCUUUCAUCGACUCCAAAUAUGCUCGGGACGGGUGCGGAAGCAUCAUCUAAACGCCCCCGGGACGAUUCCGACAAGGAUGAUAAUCCGAGAGUUCCCAAGCGGCCAACGCCACCACCCGAAGAAAAAGAGAAGCAUUCCUCAAUAAAGCAGGCAUCGUCUAGUGGUUUUAUGGCGUAUGCAUCCACAAGUUCCCCAUUCGCAUCCAUCAAAGGUCAAAACAUCUUUUCAUCAUCUGCAAACUCCGUCUCCUCUUCAGCGAUCAAGACACCUUUACCAUCCUCCCCUGUUCUCGGAAGAGCAGAUGUUCUACCAUCCGCGGGUACCAAACGUACAGGAUUCGAAGCCUUCGCUUCAUCCUCAUCCCCUUUCGCUUCAGUCGCAAAAUCCAAGUCUUCUGUUCUCGGUGGUAGUGGAACAUUCGGUUCGACAAACAUCCUCGGAGGCGGUGCACGCGCGAAAAGCCAGUCCCGACGUGCAGCAGGAUCCCCUUCACGCUCCAGUCACUCGUCUACUACUACCACAAGCGUUUUUGGAUCCUCGGUAGGAUCUAACAGUAAAGGAGGCAGUAGUGCAUUCACAGUAUAUGCCAGCGGUGGCGUUCAAAGUUUUGCCCUGCCUUUGACAAAGAGGGCCCGAGGAGCUGGUAAUUCUGGGGACAAUUCGACGUUGAGUGAGUCUGCCUUAGACGGACACGAUGUCUUCUCCCCUAGCAGAGGCGAAGGUUCCAGUAGAUCGUCUUCGUCUUCUGACGUAGCUUCUUUUGGUGCAAAGCUUCGUGCGGCUGGUAAAGGCAGUGAUGAAGAGGAGGUCAAUGGGGAUGAGGAAUGGGAUGAAGCUAGACCGAAGGUGAAUCUAAGUGAGCAGGAAGUGUCGACUGGCGAGGAGCUCGAAGAGACAAUCCAUCAAGUCCGAGGAAAGUUGUUUGCUCUAGCUGACGGCGCUUGGAAGGAACGUGGAACAGGGCAAUUAAAAAUCAACGUUCGCGCGGAAGAUGGAGGCGGAGCUCGAUUGGUAAUGCGCAAAGAAGCUGUGUACACCCUCCUCCUCAAUGUGACGCUAUUCGCCGGUAUGAAGUGCACUUUGGCGCAGGACCCGAGAUAUGUGAGGUUCAGUGUUAUCGAGAAUGGGCAGCAGACGACGCAUUACAAUUUAAGGCUGGCGAAUGCGAAAAUAGCCUCAGAGCUGAUGGAAGCCAUACACGAAAACCUUCCAGAAAAGUAGACUCCGUGGUCCCUCGGGUUUCGUGCUUCAAAUACAGGGGAAAGGUUGGGAGUUCGGUUGUCAUAAUAUUAAGUAUAUCAUAAAUCCUUUCGUCUUCCUUGAUAUACCCUUUCCCUCCCUUACUGUUCGAACUAUGCACUCAUGAACUACCUUCCUUACUUUUGAGCGACUUCACCUACACAACCAGCCCACUAUUCAGAUGCUAUAUCAUGUUGGACUACAUAUUUGAAUGUAUUUGUUUUAUUUACUGCGAACCUUACUGAGGAGGAUG